CUGUCUGUAUGUGUUGCAAUUUAUAUCAUUGAUCACGUUUGAUGCAAUGAUACGUGGUAGCUGUUUUCUCCUAUGCCUAAACUCUGUUUUUAAUUGGAUUGGUUUAUAUCAGUUAGGAAGUUUGUUUUGUUAGGUUGGUUGGGGGUUAGGAUACUGAUUGGGGUGUUUUCCCAUCUUAACAUUUUGUGUGGUCAAGGUGAACGAGGCAGAGGAGGAGCGCCUACGCAGCGAACGGGAGCACAUGCGUGUCACCCACUCUUGUCAGACGGCAGAGGCUCGAGUCCAGACCCUGCAGAAAUCUCUCAAGAGGGCCAUCAUUAAAUCCAAGCCUUACUUCGAGCUCAAGGCCCAGUUCAACUACAUACUUGAGGAGCACAAAACCAAAGUGAUGCAGCUGGAGGAGCAUGUGACCAAAGUGAAAAACCGCUACUCUGUCGCCCUGCACAAACUGGAGCAAAUCAGCGAGGCCAUUCACGCUCAGAGGGGACGGGACCAUAUGGAAGAUGGACAAACCAUGGCCUGUGGUGGGCGGAGUGCCCCUAUUGGGGCGGAGUCGGACAGUGUGGUGUGUGGUGCCGAGGGCGGGGCAUGUGGAGGAGGGGCAAUAGAGACUGACAGGGUGGACAGAAGCGGAGUGGUGGAUAAGAAAAUUGGGCUGGUGGAGAAAUACAGGGAGAACGGGCGAGAGAGGCCCGAGACACAUGGAGAGAGAGCAGGGUCAGAUUCCCUCUCCGUCUUCAGUCUGCAGACCAUCGCUUCCGACCUGGAGAAAUGCGAUUCCAUCGAACACCUCGGGGAAUUUAGCGAUGUGGGCAGUCUGCCUGGGGAGGAUGGAGAGAUUGAGAGGGAGGACAGCGGGGGAGGGAGGGAAAGAGAAAGAAGGGAAGGACAAAUGCAGCGCCAACAGCAGUUCCUGAAGCAACAUCACAGGAGCUUCAGCUUGUGAGACCUGUCCUUCUCGCUUAUAGUUUAUCAAUUGAAAAGAAAAUAAGUGUCCGGUCUAGCAAGCUCAUUAUCCUGGCAAAGAGGAAACUCAGAUCUGCUCUAUCUAAAGUAACACAUUUAAACGGGUGUAUGAUACUACGUAGUAACGAAGAACAGGUACGCUGACAAGUAAGACCUGACAUUAUAAGGAGCCUGACAGGUUUUGCAUCGUAUUACAACACUACUGAAACUCCUAAACCGUACAUGCCUCUGAGAUUAGCUGCUUUACUUCCCUUAUUCUGGCAAUAAGGAAACCUUAGACAGGUAUGUCCUAGUGCAUGAAGGAACAAUCCAUGUAAGAGACUACAAUAAACGUGACAAACGGGGUCCCUAUUCAAUCUAAAUGAUGUAACUGAAUUUCUGGUGUAAGUUAAAAACAAUGUUCUCGUGGAACAAAAAAGUACGUGUGAAUUCAUAUGCAUGUCGAAUCUAGAUUUUUGUUUCACACUGUAAAUAUUGUUUAAUUUAGUACAUAAAUUCAAACGUGAAUUGCAAAAAGUGCUAGAAGAAUUUGUUUUUUAAUAUAUUAUUAUUAUAAUUUUUUAAAAUAUCUUUUUAAUAUUCUGGAAACCUGGUUUCAGGGUUCGAAUCAAAAGGACCCCAAAAACACACUAAAGAGGGUUACAAACUCCAUCAACUUGUUUGAUGACAGAAAGCACUCCGGACUAUUUAUUUGGACUUUUGUUAUAUGGAUACUAGUAUUCAGGGCUAACUAAAAAAUUUAAUAAAUUGUUCAUAAAAGAUCACGCUGACAUAUUGUAUUUUACUAUUUUAAGCCCUUCAUUUUAAGAUCCGAUUGUUUAGUAUUUUUUAAAUAAAAUUAUUUCCCUAUAUAUUGUUUAUUUAGAGCCACCUGGGUCAUAAACUGAAAUGUGCCUUGCCUUUGACACAGUACGACGCAAACAAAGACAGCAUAGCACUGGCUGCAACAGCAUACUGUUCAAAUUUGUGUAUACAGUAUUAAACUGUGGUCAACAGUUGAGAAAUACUCCCAUGAAGGACAUGCUUUUGACAAUAUGAUUAAUUUGAAUAAUCUAUGAGUCAUCCUAACACUGUUUUGUCUAGACUUGUUCUAUUUUUAUUUUAUUAAUUUGAAUAUGUUGUCUGUGUACUGCUUUGGCAAAGUGGAGGGUACAAGAAAUGUAUUCAAUAGAUUAAAUGUAAGUUUGUGUAUAAUUACAACAUUAUAGAUAAACUAAUGAAAUGUACAAAUGUAUUUGAAUGUCCUUGAAUAGUUAUUUUAAAGGGAUCUUUAUUUUAAAGGGAUCUUAUUUAAUGCUGGUUAUCUGCUGUAUUCCUGGUUUGACCUCAGUCUCUGUCCCGCUCUUUACAUACUUCCAAUAUAUCCAUAUCUUCCCCUCAUUCUCUCAGCCAUAGAAAUAGAAUGACUAGUAAUUGUAUUUCUGUGCUUUCAACCUCAAUCAUUGUCCAUUUGAUGUCUUCCUCUUUAUUUAUUCAUAAAGUGGUGCAGUAGUGUCACCCAGCUAUAUAGUACAGUUCACUGUUGUUAUUUACAUGUAUGCAAUAUCAAACAGUUAAAGAAUAAAAUAAGAGGAAUCUUGA